AUGCUGUAUUGCGUACUGGGCUUAGGCCUGCAAAGCUGUGAAGAACCACCAGGGUGGAAGGUAAGGGAGGGAGAAAGGGCGCAAGGGAGCAAGGGCGCAAGGGAGCAAGGGCGCAAGGGAGCAAGGGCGCAAGGGAGCAAGGGCGCAAGGGAGCAAGGGCGCAAGGGCGAAAGGGCGCAAGGGAGCAAGGGCGCAAGGGCGCAAGGGCGCAAGGGCGCAAGGGAGCAAGGGCGCAAGGGCGCAAGGGAGCAAGGGCGCAAGGGCGCAAGGGAGCAAGGGCGCAAGGGCGCAAGGGCGCAAGGGAGCAAGGGCGCAAGGGCGCAAGGGAGCAAGGGCGCAAGGGCGCAAGGGAGCAAGGGCGCAAGGGCGCAAGGGAGCAAGGGCGCAAGGGCGCAAGGGAGCAAGGGCGCAAGGGCGCAAGGGAGCAAGGGCGCAAGGGCGCAAGGGCGCAAGGGAGCAAGGGCGCAAGGGCGCAAGGGCGCAAGGGAGCAAGGGCGCAAGGGCGCAAGGGCGCAAGGGAGCAAGGGAGCAAGGGCGCAAGGGCGCAAGGGAGCAAGGGAGCAAGGGAGCAAGGGAGCAAGGGCGCAAGGGAGCAAGGGAGCAAGGGCGCAAGGGAGCAAGGGCGCAAGGGCGCAAGGGCGCAAGGGCGCAAGGGCGCAAGGGAGCAAGGGCGCAAGGGCGCAAGGGAGCAAGGGCGCAAGGGCGCAAGGGCGCAAGGGAGCAAGGGCGCAAGGGCGCAAGGGAGCAAGGGCGCAAGGGCGCAAGGGAGCAAGGGCGCAAGGGCGCAAGGGAGCAAGGGCGCAAGGGCGCAAGGGAGCAAGGGCGCAAGGGCGCAAGGGAGCAAGGGCGCAAGGGCGCAAGGGCGCAAGGGAGCAAGGGCGCAAGGGCGCAAGGGCGCAAGGGAGCAAGGGCGCAAGGGCGCAAGGGCGCAAGGGAGCAAGGGAGCAAGGGCGCAAGGGCGCAAGGGAGCAAGGGAGCAAGGGAGCAAGGGAGCAAGGGCGCAAGGGAGCAAGGGAGCAAGGGCGCAAGGGAGCAAGGGCGCAAGGGCGCAAGGGCGCAAGGGCGCAAGGGCGCAAGGGAGCAAGGGCGCAAGGGAGCAAGGGCGCAAGGGAGCAAGGGCGCAAGGGCGCAAGGGCGCAAGGGAGAAAGGGCGCAAGGGAGCAAGGGCGCAAGGGCGCAAGGGCGCAAGGGCGCAAGGGAGCAAGGGCGCAAGGGCGCAAGGGCGCAAGGGAGCAAGGGCGCAAGGGCGCAAGGGCGCAAGGGAGCAAGGGCGCAAGGGAGCAAGGGCGCAAGGGCGCAAGGGCACAAGGGCGCAAGGGAGCAAGGGCGCAAGGGCGCAAGGGCGCAAGGGCGCAAGGGCGCAAGGGAGCAAGGGCGCAAGGGAGCAAGGGCGCAAGGGCGCAAGGGAGCAAGGGCGCAAGGGCGCAAGGGAGCAAGGGCGCAAGGGCGCAAGGGAGCAAGGGCGCAAGGGCGCAAGGGAGCAAGGGCGCAAGGGCGCAAGGGAGCAAGGGCGCAAGGGCGCAAGGGCGCAAGGGAGCAAGGGCGCAAGGGCGCAAGGGCGCAAGGGAGCAAGGGCGCAAGGGCGCAAGGGCGCAAGGGAGCAAGGGAGCAAGGGCGCAAGGGCGCAAGGGAGCAAGGGAGCAAGGGAGCAAGGGAGCAAGGGCGCAAGGGAGCAAGGGAGCAAGGGCGCAAGGGAGCAAGGGCGCAAGGGCGCAAGGGCGCAAGGGCGCAAGGGCGCAAGGGAGCAAGGGCGCAAGGGCGCAAGGGCGCAAGGGCGCAAGGGAGCAAGGGCGCAAGGGCGCAAGGGAGCAAGGGCGCAAGGGCGCAAGGGAGCAAGGGCGCAAGGGCGCAAGGGAGCAAGGGCGCAAGGGCGCAAGGGAGCAAGGGCGCAAGGGCGCAAGGGAGCAAGGGCGCAAGGGCGCAAGGGCGCAAGGGAGCAAGGGCGCAAGGGCGCAAGGGCGCAAGGGCGCAAGGGAGCAAGGGCGCAAGGGCGCAAGGGCGCAAGGGAGCAAGGGAGCAAGGGCGCAAGGGCGCAAGGGAGCAAGGGAGCAAGGGAGCAAGGAAGCAAGGGCGCAAGGGAGCAAGGGAGCAAGGGCGCAAGGGAGCAAGGGCGCAAGGGCGCAAGGGCGCAAGGGCGCAAGGGCGCAAGGGAGCAAGGGCGCAAGGGAGCAAGGGAGCAAGGGCGCAAGGGAGCAAGGGCGCAAGGGCGCAAGGGCGCAAGGGCGCAAGGGCGCAAGGGAGCAAGGGCGCAAGGGCGCAAGGGCGCAAGGGCGCAAGGGAGCAAGGGCGCAAGGGCGCAAGGGCGCAAGGGAGCAAGGGCGCAAGGGCGCAAGGGAGCAAGGGCGCAAGGGCGCAAGGGAGCAAGGGCGCAAGGGCGCAAGGGAGCAAGGGCGCAAGGGCGCAAGGGAGCAAGGGCGCAAGGGCGCAAGGGCGCAAGGGAGCAAGGGCGCAAGGGCGCAAGGGCGCAAGGGAGCAAGGGCGCAAGGGCGCAAGGGCGCAAGGGAGCAAGGGAGCAAGGGCGCAAGGGCGCAAGGGAGCAAGGGAGCAAGGGAGCAAGGGAGCAAGGGCGCAAGGGAGCAAGGGAGCAAGGGCGCAAGGGAGCAAGGGCGCAAGGGCGCAAGGGAGCAAGGGAGCAAGGGAGCAAGGGAGCAAGGGCGCAAGGGAGCAAGGGAGCAAGGGCGCAAGGGAGCAAGGGCGCAAGGGCGCAAGGGCGCAAGGGCGCAAGGGCGCAAGGGAGCAAGGGCGCAAGGGCGCAAGGGAGCAAGGGCGCAAGGGCGCAAGGGCGCAAGGGAGCAAGGGCGCAAGGGCGCAAGGGAGCAAGGGCGCAAGGGCGCAAGGGAGCAAGGGCGCAAGGGCGCAAGGGAGCAAGGGCGCAAGGGCGCAAGGGAGCAAGGGCGCAAGGGCGCAAGGGAGCAAGGGCGCAAGGGCGCAAGGGCGCAAGGGAGCAAGGGCACAAGGGCGCAAGGGCGCAAGGGAGCAAGGGCGCAAGGGCGCAAGGGCGCAAGGGAGCAAGGGAGCAAGGGCGCAAGGGCGCAAGGGAGCAAGGGAGCAAGGGAGCAAGGGAGCAAGGGCGCAAGGGAGCAAGGGAGCAAGGGCGCAAGGGAGCAAGGGCGCAAGGGCGCAAGGGCGCAAGGGCGCAAGGGCGCAAGGGAGCAAGGGCGCAAGGGAGCAAGGGCGCAAGGGAGCAAGGGCGCAAGGGAGCAAGGGCGCAAGGGCGCAAGGGCGCAAGGGAGCAAGGGCGCAAGGGAGCAAGGGCGCAAGGGCGCAAGGGCGCAAGGGCGCAAGGGAGCAAGGGCGCAAGGGCGCAAGGGCGCAAGGGAGCAAGGGCGCAAGGGAGCAAGGGCGCAAGGGCGCAAGGGCGCAAGGGCGCAAGGGAGCAAGGGCGCAAGGGCGCAAGGGCGCAAGGGAGCAAGGGCGCAAGGGAGCAAGGGCGCAAGGGAGCAAGGGCGCAAGGGCGCAAGGGAGCAAGGGCACAAGGGCGCAAGGGUGCAAGGGCGCAAGGGCGCAAGGGAGCAAGGGCGCAAGGGCGCAAGGGAGCAAGGGCGCAAGGGCGCAAGGGAGCAAGGGCGCAAGGGCGCAAGGGAGCAAGGGCGCAAGGGCGCAAGGGCGCAAGGGAGCAAGGGCGCAAGGGCGCAAGGGCGCAAGGGAGCAAGGGCGCAAGGGCGCAAGGGCGCAAGGGCGCAAGGGAGCAAGGGAGCAAGGGCGCAAGGGCGCAAGGGAGCAAGGGAGCAAGGGAGCAAGGGAGCAAGGGAGCAAGGGCGCAAGGGAGCAAGGGAGCAAGGGCGCAAGGGAGCAAGGGCGCAAGGGCGCAAGGGCGCAAGGGCGCAAGGGCGCAAGGGAGCAAGGGCGCAAGGGCGCAAGGGCGCAAGGGCGCAAGGGCGCAAGGGCGCAAGGGCGCAAGGGCGCAAGGGCGCAAGGGAGCAAGGGCGCAAGGGCGCAAGGGAGCAAGGGCGCAAGGGCGCAAGGGAGCAAGGGCGCAAGGGCGCAAGGGAGCAAGGGCGCAAGGGCGCAAGGGCGCAAGGGAGCAAGGGCGCAAGGGCGCAAGGGCGCAAGGGAGCAAGGGCGCAAGGGCGCAAGGGCGCAAGGGAGCAAGGGAGCAAGGGCGCAAGGGCGCAAGGGAGCAAGGGCGCAAGGGAGCAAGGGAGCAAGGGCGCAAGGGAGCAAGGGCGCAAGGGCGCAAGGGAGCAAGGGAGCAAGGGAGCAAGGGAGCAAGGGCGCAAGGGAGCAAGGGAGCAAGGGCGCAAGGGAGCAAGGGCGCAAGGGCGCAAGGGCGCAAGGGCGCAAGGGCGCAAGGGAGCAAGGGCGCAAGGGCGCAAGGGAGCAAGGGCGCAAGGGCGCAAGGGCGCAAGGGAGCAAGGGCGCAAGGGCGCAAGGGAGCAAGGGCGCAAGGGCGCAAGGGAGCAAGGGCGCAAGGGCGCAAGGGAGCAAGGGCGCAAGGGCGCAAGGGAGCAAGGGCGCAAGGGCGCAAGGGAGCAAGGGCGCAAGGGCGCAAGGGCGCAAGGGAGCAAGGGCACAAGGGCGCAAGGGCGCACGGGAGCAAGGGCGCAAGGGCGCAAGGGCGCAAGGGAGCAAGGGAGCAAGGGCGCAAGGGCGCAAGGGAGCAAGGGAGCAAGGGAGCAAGGGAGCAAGGGCGCAAGGGAGCAAGGGAGCAAGGGCGCAAGGGAGCAAGGGCGCAAGGGCGCAAGGGCGCAAGGGCGCAAGGGCGCAAGGGAGCAAGGGCGCAAGGGAGCAAGGGCGCAAGGGAGCAAGGGCGCAAGGGAGCAAGGGCGCAAGGGCGCAAGGGCGCAAGGGAGCAAGGGCGCAAGGGAGCAAGGGCGCAAGGGCGCAAGGGCGCAAGGGCGCAAGGGAGCAAGGGCGCAAGGGCGCAAGGGCGCAAGGGAGCAAGGGCGCAAGGGAGCAAGGGCGCAAGGGCGCAAGGGCGCAAGGGCGCAAGGGAGCAAGGGCGCAAGGGCGCAAGGGCGCAAGGGAGCAAGGGCGCAAGGGAGCAAGGGCGCAAGGGAGCAAGGGCGCAAGGGCGCAAGGGAGCAAGGGCACAAGGGCGCAAGGGUGCAAGGGCGCAAGGGCGCAAGGGAGCAAGGGCGCAAGGGCGCAAGGGAGCAAGGGCGCAAGGGCGCAAGGGAGCAAGGGCGCAAGGGCGCAAGGGAGCAAGGGCGCAAGGGCGCAAGGGCGCAAGGGAGCAAGGGCGCAAGGGCGCAAGGGCGCAAGGGAGCAAGGGCGCAAGGGCGCAAGGGCGCAAGGGAGCAAGGGAGCAAGGGCGCAAGGGCGCAAGGGAGCAAGGGAGCAAGGGAGCAAGGGAGCAAGGGAGCAAGGGCGCAAGGGAGCAAGGGAGCAAGGGCGCAAGGGAGCAAGGGCGCAAGGGCGCAAGGGCGCAAGGGCGCAAGGGCGCAAGGGAGCAAGGGCGCAAGGGCGCAAGGGCGCAAGGGCGCAAGGGAGCAAGGGCGCAAGGGCGCAAGGGCGCAAGGGAGCAAGGGCGCAAGGGCGCAAGGGAGCAAGGGCGCAAGGGCGCAAGGGAGCAAGGGCGCAAGGGCGCAAGGGAGCAAGGGCGCAAGGGCGCAAGGGCGCAAGGGAGCAAGGGCGCAAGGGCGCAAGGGCGCAAGGGAGCAAGGGCGCAAGGGCGCAAGGGCGCAAGGGAGCAAGGGAGCAAGGGCGCAAGGGCGCAAGGGAGCAAGGGAGCAAGGGAGCAAGGGAGCAAGGGCGCAAGGGAGCAAGGGAGCAAGGGCGCAAGGGAGCAAGGGCGCAAGGGCGCAAGGGCGCAAGGGCGCAAGGGCGCAAGGGAGCAAGGGCGCAAGGGAGCAAGGGCGCAAGGGAGCAAGGGCGCAAGGGAGCAAGGGCGCAAGGGCGCAAGGGCGCAAGGGAGCAAGGGCGCAAGGGAGCAAGGGCGCAAGGGCGCAAGGGCGCAAGGGCGCAAGGGAGCAAGGGCGCAAGGGCGCAAGGGCACAAGGGAGCAAGGGCGCAAGGGAGCAAGGGCGCAAGGGAGCAAGGGCGCAAGGGAGCAAGGGCGCAAGGGCGCAAGGGCGCAAGGGAGCAAGGGCGCAAGGGAGCAAGGGCGCAAGGGCGCAAGGGAGCAAGGGAAGUCCUUGA